GCUGGUGGCGCUGCCUGCACGCGCCGAGGCUGCACCGAGCGCGGCGGCGGCAGCAGCGGGAGCCACCGGCGCGCGCGGCGAUGCCCGCUCAGCUCCCGCCGCUGGCCGCCCCCUGAAGACGACCCCUCGCUAUUCCCCUGCAGCCCUCCCUCCCUCUCCGGCCACCUCCGGCUCUUUCCCCCCCUUUCCCCUUUCCCCUUCCCCCCCCUUCUAUUUCCCUCUCCCCCCCCAUCCCCCCUCCGCCUCUUUAUCCUCUUUUUUUUUCCCCUUCUCUAUUAUUAUUAUUAUUAUCAUUAUCACUAUUUUCGCGACCCUCCGCACGCUCCCGGCUGCCGUGUGGAUGCGGCCCGGGCUGCCUGGCUGCGCGGGUGGCGAGAGCAGAUGCUGAGGGGCCGGAGGAGGAUGGAGUGCACCCUCGAUGCGCAGAGUUUGAUCAGUAUUUCCCUGCGGAAGAUCCACAGCUCCCGCACUCAGCGAGGCGGCAUCAAGCUCCACAAGAACCUGCUCGUCUCUUAUGUGCUCCGCAACGCCCGGCAGCUCUACCUGAGCGAGCGCUACGCCGAGCUCUACCGCCGCCAGCAGCACUACCCCGACGGUGCCCCGCUCCUCGCCAUGCCCGCCUGCCCGCCGCCCGCCGCCGCCGCCGCCCCGCCGGAGCUGGCGGGGCUCCCGCUGCCCGCUGACACGCAGGACCGCGAAGCGCGAAGCUGCGCGGCUGUGCGGGGCGGUGCGGAGCUGCUGGAGGUGCCGGUGUGCGCGGUACCCCCGGAGCUGCAACGAGCGCCUUGCAGAGACUCGUCCCCGGGCUUUUACCGGGCCGCCGGCAGCGCCUGUCCCGGUGGAGGCGGCGGCGGCAACGCGCCCUCGGGGCUGCUCUACGCCGCCGGCUGUGACUUCGGGAGCGGCGGGGCACCGCACUGUAGCAGCCGCACCACGGUGCUGGAUUUGGACACUCACGUCGUGACCACGGUGGAGAACGGGUACUUGCACCAGGACUGCUGCUCGCAGUGUCCCUGCUGCUGCCAACCGGCACCGGGGCUCGCCUCCCCGCCGCCCACCCCCGGCACCAAGCGCAAGUAUUACCCGGGGCAGGAGGAGGAAGAGGAGGGGGUGGAGGAAGGGGAGCCGGGGGGAGGCGGGGUGGCGGGCGGCCCCCCCUUCGCCCCGUGCACUAAACGCGCCCGUUUCGAGGAGUACAGCGCCGAGCACCCCCAGGACUCUUCUAACAUCUCCAACUUGAUCUCCAUCUUCGGCUCCGGUUUCACGGGGCUGGUGAGCCGGCAGCAGGCGGACUCGGAGCAGCCCCUCAACGGGCAGCUGUGCAGCAAGCAGGCGCUGGCGAGCCUGGGAGCCUGGACUCGGGCCAUCGUCGCGUUUUAGAGAGGAGCGGGGGAAGCAAAAAGAAG